GUCAGACCAGCCUCCCUCCGCAACACGGAAAUCAGCUGUCUUUUCGCUCGCCGUAAACAUGGCGGAGGUCAGGCAUCGUCUUGGAAGGGGGACGUACAUCUUUGCACACAAAUUAUGUAAACGCUACCUCUUGCAAAGUCUGAACAAACAGGGCACAAGUGCAACUCGGGCUUCGUCUCUGUCAGCGGGGUUCCUGUUGGGUGACAUUCAAAAUGGCGAACUGUUUGGAGCCGUUGGAGUCUCACAGGACGGUUUCACAAGGGUAACGCCACUGCAUGGGAUUGGUAAUGUCUGGGGAGACGGAAAUGUCUCUGAAUAUUAUUAUCUUGGACUUAACAAAGAGUAUUCACUCCCAAACAAGACACAAACUCAAAAUAUAGAAAGAAAUAUCUCUGUUUAUAGGAAAAAUGCUAAGUUUCGGAGGACUGGCUGCACCAUCAGGUCUGCUUGUCCACUACAGAGCCUCUGUAGUCAGUUUGUGUCUACCAGAGCUUACAGCGGCAACGGAACCCGAUCUGAGCCCCUUUACAAAACCAAAACAGGCUACUAUGACAUCCUGGAGGUGACUCCUAUUGCCACUCAAGCCCAGAUUAAAACAGCCUAUUACAAGCAGUCCUUCGUCUACCACCCGGACAGAAACGCCGGCAGCGAGGACGCCACAGUCCGUUUCUCUGAGAUCAGCGAGGCCUACACCGUGCUGGGCAACAAGGCGCUGAGGAAGAAGUACGACCGGGGUCUAUUGUCCCAGUCAGACCUCCUCGCAACAGCCAAACCCUCCUCCCAUGUCACCACAGGGAGCUCAAAGCAAACCGAGAGCCGCCGGUCUGUGGUGGGGGGAGACAGCCGAGGAGGCGUCUUUGAUUUCGAGAAGUUUUUCAAGAACUACUACAGCGAGCAGCUGCAGAGACAACGAGACAUCAGAGUCCGCAAAGAGGAGAUGCUGAAGAAGAAGCAGGAGACGAUUGAGGAGAAGGAGUUGGGCAGGAUGAUGGAGAUGGGAGUUGGGCUGCUGCUGGCGAUGGCCGUGGCUAUACUGAUCAGCUUAAAACGCGGUUGAUGUUCGUCCACAGGGAGGAGAUGAAGGAUGAAGUGAGGAGGACAGUUUUCCUUGUUAGGAAUUAUGGACACUUUUAAAAUAAAUUUAUUGUGGUUCUCUUGAAUCAUCACCACCUUUCACACUACAAAAAAACCCUGCUUUUAAAACACUGUCUGUCUUCUGACCUCUCUGUGCAGGGAGACAUGAACAACUAAAUAUCAGUGAAAUACCAUGGAUGACUUAACAUCAUUUUCUCUAGGAUUGCACCAAAAAACUGCCAGUUAAAGACUAGACUGUAAUGUGCAUAACAAUUCAGUUCCCCAUUCUGAAAUUGUGCAUCUCAACCCAGUACUGUCUACUUCUCAUUCAAUACAGUAUUCAGUUCACUA